CCACCUUCUCCGGAACGAGAAAGAGAAAAAAAGCUCUUUUCAUCACCUUUCUUAUCUCCUUUGCUUUAUACUUCUUAAAAAAAACGCCACUUUUAUCCACUACUUCUGCCACUACGACGGUCUUUCUCGUUUCUGUGCCAUCCCCCACGUCUACUCACGCACGCAUCUGUUAUCCCAUUAGUGUUUGCAAUUAAUCCUUUAUUUUUUCCGCGCGUUCAUACAUCGCCUAUUCUACACACAUCAUCAUUACCAAUAUGCCAGAUCCGGUCAUGAACAUAAGAGGCUAUCAGAGUGGCUCUGGUGAAUCAGAUCAUCCCCAUGACGAUGAUCAUGAACGAAACUAUUCUCCAUUCUCCGAGUACAUUGAUCAUUCCAAACAUGAUCCUGAAAAGGUGGUCGAAGAGAGCCCAAACGGAAGAUAUGCUAAGCUCAACUCCGUAUUGGGCAAAGGAGCUUACAAGAUUGUAUACAAAGGCAUUGAUCGUGAAGAGGGCUACGAGGUAGCAUGGAACUGCUUCCAGACCACCAGACAAGAAUAUGCAGAGCUAUCACAAGAAGUUGAAAUUCUCAAGCGUGUUCGACAUCCAAACAUUAUCAACUUUCAUGACUGUUGGUAUAGCAAUACUGAGUUUAUCUUCAUCACUGAGCUCAUGACUUCGGGCACCCUUAGAGAAUAUAUCCGCAAGCUGCAGCAUCCUAAUGUCAAAGUUAUCAAACGAUGGUGUAGACAAAUUCUUAAAGGCCUCAUUUAUCUUCAUUCGUACGACCCACCAAUUAUUCAUCGUGAUAUCAAAUGUGACAACAUCUUCAUCAACGGCGCUCAUGGUGAAGUCAAGAUUGGUGACAUGGGGACGGCGAAAAUGAAGAUUGGCAAAAAAUACACAGUCAUUGGCACACCUGAGUUCAUGGCGCCAGAGAUGUAUGAAGAAAAGGGAUACAGUGAAAAAGUUGACAUCUAUGCUUUUGGCAUGUGCUUGCUCGAAAUGGUCACAGGCGAGUAUCCUUAUGGCGAAUGCAAAAACGCUGCCCAAAUUUACAAAAAAGUCAUCCAGGGCCUUAAACCCGAUUGCCUCGCCACUGUUACGGAUCUCGAAGUGCUAAGCUUGAUCAAUCAUUGCAUAGCUCCUGAACAGGAAAGAUAUUCUGCGCAGGAAGCUAUCGAAGAUCCCUUUUUAGCGGUAGAGCCCGAAGUUGUGGUCUUGACAACGAACGAGGCCAAGAACCAUUUGACAUUGCAGGUUGUAUUCAAGGGUAUGGACAAGCUAUCGGUGAAGUUUGAGUUCAAUGCUGACACAGACACGGCAGAGGAAGUGGUCAACGAAAUGAUCGAAGAGCAGGUCCUUCCUCAGCAAUAUCAGAGGCUGAUCACUCAUGACAUCAAUAGGAUAUUACGCGAGCUGGCAGGACCAAAUGACAAAAAGGACAUUUCAGGGCACCAUGUACCGAAUUCACCCCUGAUGUUACACAAUAAUCAGUCGCAGGGAGCUAUCUCGCCCAUCACUCUUGACGCUACCAACCCUAUAGUUCAACCAGGCUUGAGUCGUAGGAAUUCAAAUCCUGACUACAGCGGUGACGUAGAGCUUCCCUUCAAAGAAUAUUUACCGGAUACACCCAUUGAAGAACUUGUCCAAGACACUGCAAUGGCAUACCACCGUGGGCCAGACAAAGCAAAUGAAUGGCUCGCCAAGCUGAAGAAUCAGGAUAUCAUGACAGUAGGUGACCUUAAGGACUUGCAGGACUCUGACUGGGCUGGAUUUGGAUUGACGGUUUUUGCGUCUAGAGCACUCAGGAACAGAUUAUUUGGUAGAAACGUUAAACGUCCUGGUGCAAUGACAAGAUCUUUAAGCCAUGGUCUCGAUGAUGGAAGCAGUUGAGAAUGUGAUUAAGCCAGGCGACUUUCGAGUACCGUUUGCUGUGUAGAUACGUUUACAAUGCCAUUUUAGAUCCCCUUUGUCACCCACUACUUAGUAUUUCAUUUUUCCAUUUCGAAAUGGGAGUUGUUUGGCUGUCUUUCGUUCAGAUUAAUCUCCACUCCUUAGACACUUAUUAUAUUGUAUAUGCAGGCCGUAAAACAAAAAAGAAAGGCAUGAUAGAAUGAAG